CUUGAGCUAAAAUCUGUGUUACUAAAUACUUUGAAUUCGCAUGACUGUGAUCUGGAAAUUGUGACAUUUGUAUGGGGAUUUUGUUGUUAUUUGGAGAACAGUAGUCGCUCGUCGUUACACCAAAAAAAGAAAAAUGAAUAGGUUGUUCGGGAAAGGAAAACCUAAAGAGCCCCCACCAAAUUUGACUGACUGUAUAGCUGGCGUUGAUAGCAGAGCGGAAUCAGUUGAAAAGAAAAUAGCUCGACUUGAUCAGGAACUAGUGAAAUACAAAGACCAGAUGAAGAAAAUGAGAGAAGGGCCAGCAAAAAAUUCAGUUAAGCAGAAAGCAUUGAGAGUGUUGAAGCAGAAAAAAAUGUACGAACAGCAAGUGGACAACUUGAGACAGCAGGCGUUCAACAUGGAACAGGCCAAUUAUGCAACUCAGACAUUGAAAGACACUCACGCCACUGUGGCAGCCAUGAAGGCCGGUGCAAAGCAAAUGCAGAAGGAGUUCAAGAAGCUCAACAUUGAUGAAAUUGAGGAUGUGCAAGACGAUAUGGCAGACCUGUUGGAUCAAGCAGAAGAAGUGCAGGAGGCUCUGGGACGUUCAUACGGCAUGCCCGAGAUUGAUGACGACGAAUUGGCUGCUGAGUUGGACGCUUUGGGUGACGAAAUAGCUCUCGACGAUGACACUUCCUAUCUCGAUGAUGCGGUCAAGGCCCCGACUGCUCCUGAUAAGGAACCCGGAGCUGACAGUUUGCGGAACAAGGAUGGUGUACCUGUGGAUGAAUUUGGUCUGCCUCAAAUACCUGCAUCAUAACUUUGUGAUGUCACUUGUAAACUGUGCACGUUACUUCCAAAAGAACUUAUGAACGUUUCUUGAUAUGUGAGACAGCCAUAAUGAUCGUUACAAUUAAGCAAUAUCGGCCACUCUGAAUUUGUUCAUGUGGUGAUGCCUCCUGCUAAAUAUCAGAAAGUAUAGUUGCUUGUUCUAACCAUAAAUUAAAGAGCAUUUUGAUGUGAUGAUGGUUACAAGCUAUGAAAUAAGACACAAUUUUUAUUUUGUACACCUUUUCUUUGGAAGUGAUAAUCUUGAAGGAUUGUGUACAUUUUGAAACUGCUAUUUACCUGAAGGUAUUCUUUUAAUCAAAAGUAAUUGUAGUCUUUAUUGUUUUGUUAUUUUGCUAUAUAUUUUAUUCUUUGUAUAAACUAACAUCUGUAUUUUAAACAUUUCUGUAUUAGUUAUUAAGCGUGCUUUCACACAAACUUUAAAUAUCCGUUGUUACCUGCAAAUAUGAUUCACAAAAUCAUUAAGGUUUGUCAUUAAGAAUGUCACCUAUCCAUUAAGGGAAUGUUCUAAAAAUCAAGUGACUAUGCAGCCUGAGUGGAUAUCUGAUUAGCCAAGGUAAGGAACCUACACAUUUUGGAAUCUGAACAGUGAAUUUUUGAAUGUGGUUCUGUUUUUAUUGGACUUUUACUGAUAACCUCAACAUAUUUAUAAAUGAAGGAAAUCUAAGAAAAAGGACACGGUUGUCAUGUUUUUGUUGAUAUGCUGUGAUGCCACAUCAGACAGAGAAGAGUCGUGCAUGUCUCAGAGAAUAACACAAUUUUUUACUAGUUGUGAGAUUGAUAAUUUUCAGAAAUAGCAUUUGCGUAAGCUAUGGUGUGUCAGCAGUGUUAGAGCACAGUAUUAUUGCGCUUAAAUAAAAUGAACUUUCAGUUGUUGAGGUGUAGUCAGAAUGAUUGAAUUCCAGUUUCUUAGUCGAGUUAACGGUUCCGUAGUUGCACACGAUUUUGAUGAUUAAUGGUCUAGUUUGAAGUCCAGAGGCUAUAGCUCACAAUAUCAGAUGAAGACUUGGACAGUAUUCAAAAUAUUGUGCCUAAAAAUGUAAUUGUCAGCUUGGCCAAAAGGUUGCAAAUUUACCGUAAUAAUGAACUGUUUUUUAUACGCACUAACAAAAUAAGUGCUUGUGCAUUGAUUAAUUCAUUGGCAUUGAUCUCUGUAUUAAAAAAAAAGAACCAAAAUAAAA